AUUAAAAAAAAAAAAAAAAAAAUUUCAUUCUCCUCUCCCUUGUUUUUUUUGGUGCUUUUCUUUUCAUAGUUCUACACAACAAUGAAGAUAAUUUCUCACACUAAUAAUAAGCUCCUCUUCUUCUUCUACCUCCUCCUCGUAUCAGUCCCGGCUCACGUGCUCGGAGAGUGCACGUGCGAUCCGGAAGACGGAGACCGCGACAAGUCGAAAGCCCUUAAGUACAAGCUCGCGGCGAUCGCCUCAAUACUCGUGGCGAGUGGGAUCGGCGUCUGCCUUCCUAUGCUCGGCAAGACAAUUCAUGCGCUGAGCCCUGAGAGAAACGUCUUCUUCAUGAUAAAGGCCUUCGCCGCCGGCGUCAUCCUCGCCACCGGCUUCAUCCACGUCCUCCCCGACGCCUUCGAAAACCUCACGUCGCCGUGCCUCAGCGAGACGCCGUGGGAGUUUCCGUUCACCGGUUUCGUCGCCAUGAUGUCGGCUAUUCUCACGCUCAUGGUCGACGCCUUCGCGACGUCGUACUUCCAGAAGUCACACUUCGGCGGGAAGUCUCCAGCGCCGGCGAGCGUCGGUGAUGAGGAGAAGGACGGCGAGCACUCGGAGCACGUGCAUGUCCACACGCACGCCACUCAUGGCCAUUCUCAUGGCUUCGUCGGAGAUGAGAAUUCGGCCUCGUCCGAGCUUCUUAGACACAGAGUUAUAUCUCAGGUAUUGGAGUUGGGUAUUGUAGUACACUCGGUCAUUAUAGGAAUUUCUUUAGGUGCUUCAGAAAGUCCCAAAACAAUAACGCCUUUAGUAGCUGCUUUGACCUUCCAUCAAUUUUUUGAGGGCAUGGGACUUGGAGGUUGCAUUGCUCAGGCAAAGUUCAAGGCUCGAGCUGUUACAAUAAUGGCAAUUUUCUUCUCUCUCACAACCCCAGUUGGGAUUGCAAUUGGUAUAGGGAUAUCAAAUGUGUACAAAGAAACUAGCCCAACGGCUCUCAUUGUAGAAGGAAUUUUUAAUGCAGCAUCAGCUGGGAUCUUAAUUUACAUGGCUCUCGUUGAUCUACUUGCGGCAGAUUUCAUGAGCCGAAAGUUGCAAAACAAUGGAAGGCUCCAAAUAGGAGCAAAUGUGUCUCUUUUACUUGGGGCUGGUUGUAUGUCUCUUUUGGCUAAAUGGGCUUAAUUUGCCCAAGAUUUUAGGUAUAUUUUGUUUGAUCUAAUCAAAGUUGUCCCUCUUUUGAGGGAAAUGAUAUUUAUCCCGAGUUGGUAUAACUCGGGGAUUAUAGGGGCUGUGGGCCCUACAUUAUUAGUCCCAGCAUGUGUGGGUUCACAUCCCUCUACUCCUAAGUUGGAAACUUGGGAUGAAUAGAAGAAGAGCAUCUUUUUCUAUAUUCUCUCACAGUAUUUGGGUUUGUACUUUGUGUAGCUAAAGUUUGAUGGGACUGCAUUACCUCCGCAGAAACUAAAUCCAAGUUUUGAGCGGUAGAAAGUAACCAAAAAUUUGUCUUCUUAAUAUAUUAUGUAAAUUAUGCUCGGCACUACUUAUGAAGAUUUAGGGAGCGUUUAAUUGA